UGUGUUUUUUUCACUAAUAAUCAAUGAACAUUAUUCUAACCUCAAAAACAUGCAAGUUUUAAAUUUCAAUUUUGUUUUCAGAUUAGAGGCUUACGAUAGAAAUUUUAAUUUCGAGAAUAUCCCAAGAAAGACCAGAACUCCAGAUGAAAUUACCGGAAAGAAAUAUGUUUCGAGAUGUGAAUAGUAAUAUGUUAUUACCACCAAUAACCAAAGAGCAUAUAAAUUACUACUUCUCCAGGUUCAACAAAAAAACGGAUGAUGGGCUUCGAAUGUACGAAUGUAGAUAUUUACUUGUAUUAAGGGCAUGUAGGGUGGGUACAAGUUUAUAUCUGAAAGGUAUUUGCAAGGCAUCCAUGAAAAAAAUUCAGUAUGAGGUCCACAUCAAGAUUGAAGAUGAUGGAAGUCCUUCUGAAUGCUGUUGUGAAUGUGCAGUGGGAAGUGGAUGGGAAGCACACUGUAAACACGUCGCCGUAGUGAUGUUUGCCGCUGAACAAAUGUUCAGAGAGAAACGAAUGUUGUUACAUUUGGUAUGUACGCAGCAGCCCCAAAGCUUCCAUAUACCAAAGAAAACGUUUACUGCCUCACCUCUACGAGCUGAGACAUUACCUUCUAAGAGGCAAAUGCAAAAUGUUUUAUUUCAUCCAUAUCCUUUGGAAAAUAUUAACAAAGAGAAUUAUAAUGUAUGGGUACGAAAUAUUUGUAUUGGCGCUACCUCCAGCACAAUGCCAAUGAAACAAUUAUAUAGGCCAGCUAAUCCUUAUGGUGUUAUUAAUGACCACAUUUAUGGAACUGACCCAAGAGAUAUUUUGUGUAACAAUUUAUUGUUGUCAAAAAUUACUAAGACAGAAAUUUCGGACAUUGAGGUAAACACAAGAGGCCAGACAAAAAAUCAUUAUUGGCACGAACAGCGAGAAAAUCGCAUAACCGCCAGUCAUUUUCAUACUGUGUGCCACUUGAUAUUGCAAAAAAAUGAAAAGUUUGCAGAACAAUUGUUGAAUCCCACUCCAUUCCAGUCUCGUGCAACCAUACAUGGACUAAUUAAUGAACCAGUGGCAAUUCAAGAAUAUAAACAAGAAUAUAAACAGAGAUACAAGAGUGUGUCUGUUAGCAUCAAAAUCACUGAUGUCAGAGAAGGGCCAAUCGAUAUUUUGAUCGGUGCUGAUAUAGCUGGAAAAUUAUUCACUGGUAAUCGAUAUGAGUUGGAAUGCGACCUAGUAGCAAUUGAAACUCUAUCAGGUUGGACCCUGAUGGGAAACCUCAAAGAAAACCAUGAAGAAACUCCGAAAUCAACGAUAGUGAUGUCCAUGUUUUCCAAAUACGAAUCGAUUGCUGGCUUAUGGUCAUUGGAUGUGCUUGGGAUUUCUGAUCCGUCAAAAAAGAGGUCACAGAAAGAAAUCGAAUAA